UUACAAUAGUAAAACAUCACACGAUAUCUAAGGAACAAUUUUUCUGAUUCUAUUAUACAUUAAGUUUCUCAGAUGAAGUGGAAAAAAUCCUACCGAGUGUCAACUAGUUGUGGUACAAAGUAAAUUACAGUUUUUAUUUAGAAAUGGGCACUGUCAAAUGCAUUUGCGUAUGUAUUGUGUUAUGUAUUCGAAACGAGUGAAAAAGUAAAAACAAAACCGGAAAAUCAACAAAUCAAAGAAUGUUAGUGUGCGUGUGUAUAUGCAUAUCAGCAAAGUUCAUUUCCUAUCAAGGCAAUUCAACGGUGGUAAAACAUCAAAAAGUGGAAAAACUGUUAUUUGCAGUAUAGUGGCUGCAUAUUUUACAUUUCGUAUACGAGUACGUACUAAAUUCGUCAUUAGAAAGAUAUAUCUACAAUCGUUUACUUGUAUAUGUGAAUUUGUUUAAAAGCCGGCUCAUCGUAAAUUGGAAAGGGCAGAGAACAUGUUUACUGAAAAAAUAAAUACGUAAAGUGCUUCAGUGAAGUUUGCGGUGAUGACUUCCAGCUGGUGUAACAACAGAAAACACAAUCAUAAUCAUUACGUCAGAAAAAGACACGGUUCUUGCAUACGAGGUAUGGGCUUAUCACCAAAGAAGAGAAGAAUAUUCAAACCACUUUCCCGGUUUUCAGUGUAUUCCCCAUUAACUACGUUAUCACUCCCUAUUUCAAUGAGAAACACAAGAACGACAUCUCGAAUAUGGACACUCGGUAUAUUAAUUGGCAUUCUAUGCCCAUUACACAUUGUUCAUUGUGUGGAUCCAAAGUUCGACCCUUCGACACGAAUGCGUCUCGUAUUGGUGCCGGCAGAUGCGCAAGUCGGCUCUGUAAUUUAUCGAUUACGUGCCACUGACGAGGAGUUUGACUACCCACUGACAUUUGAACUUAAAGGAGAUGCCGCAUCUGCUACUGUUAAGAUUGAAUCACUUCCAUGUACAAAAUACAAUUCCGUUUGCCAAGCCAAUGUUGUGUUACAGCGACGUUUGGAACCGGGGCGCUACUACGAUUUCCAAGUUUCAGUGAAGGACACCAAAGGUGGCAUGGCUAGCCAAAUGUGUUCGAUUACAGCCACAAAUUUCACAACACCCCACGAUCUCAUAUUUCCACACAAACCGGGUAUUAUAAUGAUUUCAGAGGAUUCAAAACGCGGUACCGAAUUGGAUUACGUGAUAGCACGCAAAAAUCCACUUUUCCAAAAGCCAGUUUACCUAGAAUUAUGGGGUUCUCAGCUCUUUGCAAUUAGGCAAAAAAUUGUAUCAACAGAAACCACAGAAGGCACCGUGUUUUUGCUAGGUCCACUAGAUUUCGAGAAGCAAGCGAUGCACCAUCUAACAAUAUUGGCCAACGACGCAUACGCCGAGCCUGGCCAAGAUAGCCGCAAUAUAGCUGGGCUUGAACUCGUAGUCAUUGUACAAGACGUGCAGGACCAACCGCCUGUAUUUACUUCAGCUGCACCUGUGACGAAGUUGCCCGCAGGUAUUCUUCCAGGAGAUAAGAUACUUCAAGUUCAUGCUGAAGAUGGUGACAAAGGAAAUCCACGAGAAGUUCGAUAUGGCCUUGUUUCAGAGGGCAAUCCAUUUACUUCUUUUUUUGAUAUCAAUGAUACCAGUGGAGAAAUUUUUUUAAUGCGUCCCCUCGAGGAUAUUGCGGCAAUCACGCACGUUGGAGAUCCAGUAUUGCUCACAGUAAUUGCGGAGGAAGUUAAGGUUGGCCGUGACGAACCCGCUGCUAUGGCUUCAACUGUGCAGUUGGCAUUCUUUCUGCCAGAACGUACAAAUUCAGCACCUUACUUUGAAAAUGACCACUACGUUUCAAGAGUGGAAGAAAACGCUCCGCAAGGCACUGCACUUACAUUCAACGAUCCAUAUGUACCACGUGUUUAUGAUGAUGAUACUGGAAAAAACGGAGUCUUCUCUUUAACGUUACUCAACAAUAACGGAACAUUUGAGAUUUCACCCAAUGUCGCUGAACGUAGUACUUCAUUUCUAAUACUUGUGCGCGAUAAUGUUCUAUUAGAUUAUGAGGAACGGCACUCAGUGCAAUUCCAAAUAUUAGCGCAAGAAUUAGGACCAGCUACUAAUCUGUCAGUUAGUGUAAAUGUGACGGUAUACAUAAACGAUGUUAAUGACAACCCACCGAUAUUUGACCAGGUUGUAUACACUGUGGAGCUACCAGAAAAUAUGACAGCCGGAACAAAGGUUGUCCAAGUUAAGGCUACCGACGUAGACACGGCUGGUUUAGGCGGACGUGUUAGAUACACGGCAAUUUUGGGUUAUUUAAACACUUCAUUGAAUCUAGAUUCAGAGUCCGGUCUGAUCACAGUAUCGACGACCAAUCACGGGUUUGAUCGUGAAAUAAUGCCCGAAUACCACCUAUACGUAGAAGCCCGCGACAAUGAUGGCACUGGUAACCGUGCUCAAGUGCCACUGAUUAUAAAACUUAUAGACGUCAAUGAUGAAACACCAAUAUUUGAGAAAGAUCUGUAUGAAUUCAUCCUAUCGCCCGACUUCAAAAGCUUUACAUCCACAGCUAUUAUACACGCCACAGAUAAGGAUGCAACAGCCCCCAACAACGAAGUUCGUUAUGAAAUAAUUAACGGAAACUACGAAAAUAAAUUUCAUUUGGAUAAAAUAACUGGUGAGUUAUCCGUUCAAGAGAAAAUUUCGAUACGAUCUAAAGUGCGAAAACGACGUGAAACAAUGUCUCACAUUGAAGACGAUGUAUUCUUGAUGACGGCGCGUGCUUAUGAUUUAGGAGUACCAGUACGCUUUAGCACGACUGCUAUUCGUAUAUAUCCACCCGAAAGUCGUACACGUACUGUGACUUUUGUAGUACCAGGUGGAAGUCCUGACAAAGUGAAAACAGAAGAAACGCUUUCCACGAUCACGGGAGGAAAAGUAAUCAUACACGACAUUAGACUGUUGCAACCUGAUGAGCCAGGCGCCAAAGCAAUUACGGGAGGAAAUACGGAUGCAAUGGAAAGAAGUGUUGUGACCGCCACUGUUCUGUACGAUAGCUCUUCUGUUGUAGACAUUUCUCAAAUUCAGCAGCGUUUAUCGCAGCACAAUAGUUCGUAUGCGAUAAUGAGUGGUAGCGAUACAGCGGAAACAGACAACUUGACCCCUUUGCAGACUUUGUACAAAGCUGAAAAUAAGUUGCUUUUCUGGCUUCUCAUCUUGCUGGCUACCUUGGUCGCUUUAACGAUUCUAAUAUUAUUGUUAUGCUGUAUUUGUUCCUGGUGUCCUCUGUAUGGAAGUGCAAGCAAGAGAAUAGUUAAUGUCAGUAGAACUGAAGACGAUGUUCACCUAGUGCAUAGGGAAAUGGCAAAUGGAAAACAAGCAAAAUCUGUUCAGGUCGCCGAAUGGAUGGGACGACGCGAGGCCUGGUCCGCCGAGAAGCCAACAGAUCCGCGAACGAAGCCAACCCGUUGGGAGUUCCACAAUGGACGUGAGCAGUUUAACGAAAACGUAGGAAUUCAUGAAACUGUAAAAAGCGGCGAAGACAGACACCGCAUUCGUUCCGCGGAAGAACAACAGAGGCGUGUAAAAAUAAAAAACAGCAGUACAGCCAAAGACGACACAUUUCAUAACUCUAGAACUAAUUUGAUAAAUGACCGAGAUAUAUACAUCGAGGAUAUCGCAGAUGAGAGAGAACUUUUAGAUACAGAUACAGAACACUUUCAAUCCAACAAAACGAAGCAACAAUUGGCUCAACAUAAGCAACGCAAUGAUAUUGAAGCUAAGCAUUCUGACCGCGAUUCCCUAAGUCGUCAAGAGAUGGAUCGCGGCAGUGAUAUGAACUAUAAUACAGCUCGAAGCAGUUUAAAAAAUAAGCGCGAAUUUUUUAUCAAAGAUGGAAACAUUGAAAUACUGCAACUUAUGACUAGGGAUAAAACCCGCGAUAGUGUUGCAGUGGUGGACGACGAUAAUAACGUUUAUGUAAAUUUACCAGUCAAAUCAACAAACCUCUCACAACCUCAACUACUAAUGGUUGAUAAUAGUGGGAAAGAAAUUCUAAUGCGCCGAUUCAUUGAAGAGCAACCAGAUGGGAAACAAAUCAUACGCGAGCAUUAUCAAAUCGUUCCAGGUGCCACGUAUAUCCAAGCAAUGCCCAAUGCAAUUCAACCACAUUCCACAAUGAAGGGGGGGUCAAUUGCUAUCGGUAAAUCAGGUGCCAAUAGCAUAGUUUAUUCACAAACAGAGCCUGAAGUAAAAGUGAUACAUACGCAACCUGUUCAUGGAGCAAUAACAAUACAGCCCGAUGAUCUCGUAGGUCAAAUGCAUCUCUCAACAUCGAAUCAAUCGCUAACAAACGAGCUCGAGAACUCACUAAAGCAACAAAAUGCGUUACUGCGACAAAUCUUAAUGGAAAAAGAAAAGUUAGAAACUCGGUAUACCCAACAAGAAGUAGUAUUAGAGACCCAAAGCCUUCCAGGACAGUAUGUAGCAAUUGCAACACAAACAGAAUGUGAAGCUGGGACCCAGACAAACGAAGAUGUUGAAUUUGCUCAAAGAACGACUGUUAAUACGCAGGGGAAAUCUAUGCGGCGCAAAGCUCGAAGUGAAAAUGAUGACUCCAUGUCGGAGAAUGAAUACGAAUUUGUGCGAUUCAGCCCUCCAAAUAGUCCCGAUCAUGUUUAUUGGAUAAAACGUAAGAAGCAAAAAAAACGCAGUAAAUAUCGGAGCAGCACACAUCCCCGGAAGCGAAUUAUUAUGGUAGAAGACGUUAAGAGAAAAAUACGUACUCCCAUUAAGGAGGAAGACGAUGAGAUGUUCGAGUACAGAAAACGGACCCCACCCAAAAAGCCCCUUCGCAGGCACGCUGAAACUAAAACCAGUGUUCUACGACGAAAAAAAAACGAAGAAAUGAAGCGAAAAGAUAUUGCCAUGGGACAAAAAGCGACCGAAGUGGGUCGGGAAGUUAUAAUAGAAGUGUCCGAUUCAUUAGAUGAGAAAACAAGAAGUCCUGGCCGUUAUCGAACAAGAAUAGUCGAUGAAAUAUCAUACUACCCUCAAAACAACGCUUGUACUGGGGAUGUUGAUGAUGAUUACGACGAUGAUAAUGAGCUUGAGUAUUCGAAUGAAUCUGAUGCUGACGAAAUUGUCAUAAAAAGUAAUGCUUUUACACCUAAUCAAAAUAAGCAUAAAAACUAUAGCAGAGCAGAGGUUAUUGCUGAGAAAUCCAAUAACGGAACAUUCUCGAGGUCUUCCUCUGACCAGAGAGAAAGGCUACCAGAAGUAAAAUCGCGAAAUACACGCAAAACAAACUCACAGCGUCUAAAUCGCUGUAACAGCUCCUCUGAACCUGCACAUAGUCGCUAUUAUACUGAAAAACAAAAAUCUUCCUCAUUAAAUAUUAUAAAUAGUACAUACACAGAAACACCGGAAGCAGGUAAUGCAGCAAAAGAUCGUGUAUACCAAAGUGAAACUGAUUUAAAUUAUCAAGAUGAUCGCUUCAAUGACACAGACGUUAUUGAAAAAGGUGUGCCAAAAUACAUGGAAUGGUAUUACGGCAAGCAGAAAACUGCAAAUAAUAGAGCUGGAACGGAUUCUUUGAAGUCUUUGACGGUAACGAAAAAAAAGAAUAGUGUAUCAGAAAAACGACUUUCAAAGGCACGUUUAUACUCGAAACCCGAUGCAAUUAUUUCUGACGAAGCUAAAUCCAAGCCGGAACCAGCUCCUAGAAAGUCUCCUCCUAAGAACAAUAGGCUUCUCAAGGAAGACAUUGUAAUGAACAAGCAACAUAACCCCAAAAUUGAGACUGAUACUAGCCAUCCACUAUUACAACAUUCAGAACACAGAUUUGAACGGGAAAAUGCUCCUGAGGUACCAUUACCACCAACUAAACUGCCGCAUUACAUGUAUCCAGAGACUCCACCUUUUGCUGCGUUUAAAGAGACACCAGGCAACAACAUAAAAGUGAAACCCAAGCCAUCACCCAUCAGGGAAAAUGAAGUAAAAGUAACUAACUCGAAAAUAAGCCUAAAUGUAGGAAACCCAAAUUCUGCAAUUGCAACGUCAAGUACUAAUACUCAAAAGCAACUGAACGCAUCUACAUUAGAAGACGACCACGACUCUGGUAUAGCCAUGAAUUCCUUGCUCAAUAGCAUGGGCCGUCGAAACCCCAUUGCUGAUAAGAAAAGUGUAUUUUCCAUUGCAUACGACGAUGUUAGUCGAGUGAGAAAAAUUGCAUCGGGAGGCGAAUCACCACAAUACUCAUAGAAACGGAGGUGUCUUAUUUGGUCUUAGCAUAUUUAUACCACAUAUUACAAAUAUUUGCAAGGUACUAUAAUAUCAAUAACAUAAAUACUAUUUGUGAUACUCUUUAAGUUUUGUUAAAACUUAUAAGCAACAAUUUGUUAUUGAACUCGUCUUCUAUAUGUCAUCAUGUUUACAUACAUACAUACAUACAUACAAACAAAACAACUCAUGUUUCUGUAAUAGUUUUUGCUUCUGGAUUAACCUUGCUUUUUAGGUAGGGGCAAUAAUAGGCAUGACAAAUUUAUUAUUUUGGGCAAUUGAUUUUCGGCAGUCAAUUAUUUUAUAAAGAAAUCAAAAACAAAAAAUUCUGAAUCAAAAAAGAAUACAUCAAAAACAAGUAAUUGUAGUAGAUGAUGUACAUCAUCAUAUUAUUAUUAUUUAUAGGGGAUAUAUACAUACAUUAAAACCCCUUACUUAAUUAGCACAUGUUCAUCAUAACUUUGUACUGAUAAUCAAAGAAUUUAUUAGUUUAAUAUUGAUCUAAUGCAUAAUCGGUAAGUUCUUUUUGGGAAUUAAUAAAAUGGUACUCUCUAACAGUUUACACUCGAAUUUUCAAGGAAACAAGCAUAAUUUAUUGCUUAAAAAACUUGAAGUUUUCGACAAAAAUUUGAUGUUUCGAAUUUCGUUCAGGCGCAUCGACUUACAGCGGUCACCGACUUCGAAAACAUAGUUUCAAAAAAAGGGUUUAAAGUCUUAAAAUAGUACUGGCCUGUUUUCCGUAUAAUUUUGAAGUUGGUAACUCUGGGAACUGUUAAUUCAAAUGACUCAAAAUGUUCAGUGAAUAUACGGCAUUAUAUCAUAAACAAAUCGAAGAAAUUACAGUUUUUGAUAUGUUAACAGCCGUAGCCGAAUGGGUUGGUGCGUGACUAUCAUUCGGAAUUCACAGAGGGAACGUAGGUUCAAAUCUCGGUGAAACACCAAAAUUAAGAAAAACAUUUUUCUAAUAGCGGUCGCCCCUCGGCAGGCAAUUUCUAUUUCUGCCAUGAAAAAGCUCCUCAUAAACUUUAGGUCCCUCCAUUUGUGGAACAACAUCAAGACGCACACCACAAAUAGGAGCUCGCCCCCCGAAGAUAGAUUUUUAAGCUACAACAGUUUAAGAGUAAUUAUUUCAACAUUUCAUUACACCUCAGCAAAUCCCGAGGUUGGCAAAAUAGUAAGCGUAUGUAUGUAGACAUAGGGUUUUUUUUUCAUUUACAUAAUAAGUAUUCCAUAUAUCAUAAAUUCAUAAAAAAUUUAUAAAAAUUAUGAUUAAAAUACAUUUGUAUAUAGUAUGAUAUAUUAAUAUGUGUAUAAAGUGAAAGCUGUCAUAGAGGGGCACAUUCUUGAGAACAAAGAAUUUUUGUAUUCUUCCCAUAGAAAAUAGACCUCAUAUACGAAGUUCUGAUAUUGUUUAUCACAAACGUUACUGUUAUCCCUUUUUACUAGUUCUGUUAUCUCCCGACAGUUCAACGAUUUCUUUUUUUGUAUGAAUUUACGCAUAAUCUUUUUGCACUACUCACUCGUAGCGACAUAGAAAUACAGAGCGAUGUACAGAAUACAGAGGUGUGACCAACAUCAGACCGUUAACCGGCUCGAGAUUAGAUUAGCCGGCGAUUUAGAAGGAAUCAACUGAUUUGCUUACGUCUGGGGGUUGUGUUUACGAAAAACUGAGAUAUGUACAUAUGUAUGUUGGUGAUAUGUAAACAACAGUUCCCAUUUUACUUCAUUGUAGUCUGAACCAUUUUUGCGAAAAUGCAUUUAUUUCGAUAACGACUCAUCUCUUCCCUCAUUUAUGUAGAUCUGGCAAAACAUUGUUGAGAUCGAAUAAAAACUACGUCCAUUUUUUAUGUAAAGACAAAAAUUCCAUCCGUCCUUUUGGUGGUCCAAACUAUAACUUUCAUUGGCUAUGAGUUUGGUUGACUCCAAAAAUGGACAGCCAGACCAAUUUAAAUAUCGGUCCGGGCCAGGUUUAGCUCAUAUUUUAUUCUGAAUUUUAAUAUUAUUUUUGCGACAUUCUGAUAAGUGGACAACAAGUAGACAAACAUCAAAGCCCGCCUAUUGGAGCUUUCACUAAAUAUAUAAUGAAACAAUAUGUACAUAUAUAUUCUUACAUAUAUUUAUAAAUAUAUGUAUACGAAGUCUUUAAAAAAGAGAUUAUAGAUUUGCUGCAUAUAGGGUAAGUAAAUAUAUAUGUACAUAUGUAUAUCCUUAUUAAUAUGAAUUAAUGAAUUUUAAAGCAAAAGUUUUUAUAUAUUAUAUUAUUAUUUAUAAUACCAUAUUUACAUCUUAAAAAAUAUACUAUAAGUAUAGUAUUAACAUAAUAAUAUGUAUAUAUGUAUAAGUUUAACAUUUACGUAUACAAGUGAAUAUACUGGAAUAUUCAAUGUUUAAUUACAUAUGUACAUAUAUCAACACUGUUAUGCCCAUAUACACAUAAAUAUACACAUACAUAUGUACAUGCAUACUUGUUUAAUAUAUGUAUAAGAGAAGGAGUUAUUCCAAACCCAUUUUAUAGACGCAUUUAUUAGUUGUAUGCACAGUAUUGACAUAAAUUGGUUACUCCUAAAUCAUACAAAGCAUUUACGAAUCAAUUAAGUAAUAUAUACGAACGCAUAUAUAUGUAUACAUACAUACAUAACUAUAUAGAUACUAUGUACGACAGAGUUACUAGUUUUUUAUUCAGUUUUCACUUUGAAUUCGAUUUUACUCUUAAAUAAGUCAUGUAUUUUCCUUUUUGUGAUGUUUAUUCAAAAUAUUUUUUAUUGAAAGUCUAUAAUAUUGUAUUUAAAUAUAAAUAAAUUUUAUUUAAGAUACACACAUGUACAUAAAUUCAUCCAGAUGUAAAAGAAAUUUUAAAUUAGGAACUAAAAUUUUCAAA